AUGAAUUUUACCUCGGUUGAUAAUUCCUCAUAUCUCGAUGAUAGUAUAUCCGUUAAUAUGAGAACAACAACAUCAACAAAAAAAUUAUUAACAAUUAAUUAUGAAAAAAAAAGUGAAGAAUAUUUAGCAACAUUUUCAACAUGGAGUGAUCAUGAACAAUUAUUAUUUGUUGGAAAUUUAUUACAAAAUAUGCAUAGUCAUCAACAUGGACAAAUUAAUUCAUUUUUAUCACCAAUGUUACAACGAGAUUUUAUUGGACGUUUAUCAUCAUGUGGACUUGAAAAUUUGUCAGAAAAAAUUCUUGAAUAUUUAGAUGAUCAAUCAUUAAAAUCAAGUGAACUUGUUUGUCGAGAAUGGUAUCAUGUUAUAUCAGAAGGUAUGUUAUGGAAAAAAUUAAUUGAACGUAAAGUUCUUUCAGAUAUAUUAUGGCAUGAUUUAUCUGAACGUCGUGGUUGGAAUAAAUAUCUUUUUCGACAAUUAUUAAUCAAUAAAGAUCAACAUAAACGAAAUGAAUUUUAUCGUUAUUUAUAUCCUGAAAUACUUCGUGAUAUUAAUCAACUUGAAACAAAUUGGCGUACAGGAAAUUAUCAAUUAGAAAGAAUACAAUGUCAGUCACGAAAUAGUAAAGGUGUUUAUUGUUUACAAUAUGAUAAUCAAAAAAUUAUAAGUGGUCUUCGUGAUAAUACAAUUAAAAUUUGGGAUAGAAAAUCUUUGGAAUGUAUUAAAAUUCUUACAGGUCACAAUGGUAGUGUUUUAUGUCUUCAAUAUGAUGAUAAAAUGAUUAUAUCUGGUUCAUCUGAUUCAACAAUUCGAAUAUGGAAUAUUGAAACUGGAGAAUUACUUAAUACACUUUUACAUCAUUGUGAUGCUGUAUUACAUCUUCGAUUUAUUGAUAAAAUGAUGAUAACAUGUUCAAAAGAUCGUUCAAUAGCUGUAUGGGAAAUAAAUUCACCAAUUGAUAUAGUUAUGCGUCGUGUACUUGUUGGACAUCGUGCAGCUGUAAAUGUUGUCGAUUUUGAUAAUAAAUAUAUUGUUAGUGCUAGUGGUGAUCGUACAAUUAAAGUUUGGAAAACAACAACAUGUGAAUUUGUUCGAACAUUUCUGGGACAUAAACGAGGCAUUGCUUGUUUACAAUAUCGAGAUCAACUUGUUAUCAGUGGUUCAUCAGAUAAUACUAUACGAAUAUGGGAUAUUGAAUGUGGUGCUUGUCUUCGUAUACUUGAAGGGCAUGAUGAAUUAGUUCGAUGUAUUCGUUUUGAUUCAAAAGUUAUUGUUUCGGGUGCUUAUGAUGGUAAAAUAAAAAUUUGGAAUCUUCAAGCAGCACUUGAUCCACGCUCUCAAACAUCAUCACUUUGUUUGAAAACUAUAACCGAACAUAAUGGACGUGUAUUUCGUUUACAAUUUGAUGAAUUUCAAAUUAUUUCAAGUUCACAUGAUGAUACAAUACUUUGUUUUAAUUUUCUUCAACCUGAACGACAAUAUUCAUUAGAUUUGAAUUCAAUUAAUUCAUCACCUAUUUUAAAUAUAGAUCAAACUCAAAUAGAUAAUUUUACUUCAACAAUAAAAUCUACAGACAAUUGUAAUACUGAUGAAAUUCUUGAUAGAACAACAGUUAAUGACUUGCAAAUACAAGUUCCAGCUCUAUCAAGAGCAUCAUCAUCAUCUAAUUCAGGGAAUUAA